CCGGUCUCGGAUUGACUGCUUUUUCUCCAAUUUCUUGCGUUCUUUAAUGAAUUUUUCACUGCUGGUUUCUCUGGAAAAUUUAGAUUCUUCUCUUGUCUGUUUCAACUUCCACACGUCGCCGUUCUUAAAAACGUCACCUUCGCAUUCUCGCUGAUAACUUUAAGUUAUUUUCUUCAUUGUUGGAUGAUAAGAAGAUGGUCGCAUGAUUGGUGGUGGAUCUCGCAGAACUCCAUCCGGCAGUUAUAUUUGUAUUGUCAUAAUCAUCAAAACAUGGCGCCUUCAUUACUUAUGGAAGAGCCAUUGUUUGGCCACAACCCUUCCAGCGGAUUCGAUGUCCGCUUAUUCAUGGCUCACCACUGUUACACAUACUUUUCUCUUAGAUGUGUUUCUGUUGAAUCUCAAGAGAAAUAGUAGAGUUCUUUAACUGCUAUAUUUAUAAUUUGUAAUUGCACUGCCAUGAUUUUGGUCUACUUUCCCACUAUAUAGACACAAGGGCUUCAGAACUUCAAGAAAGAUUCAGACACCUUGAUGGAGCUGAACAGCAAGAUAUUAACUUUCAGAGACAUUCUCGAACUUCCUUCGUACACUAACUCGAGCGAUCUUACUCAUGUACUGGAAAACUUUUCUAUAUGACAAUAUCAAAACAUAGUAGGGUCAAAUUUCCCUUUCCAUAACCUGGCCACCAAUAUUUUCUGACUCUAGAGAUGCAUGUUAUGUUUUUUCUGGCAGUUGGCUGUGAGAACCAUAGUAGAUCUUCACAAGCUGUACCCCAAUAUGGUUCGUUUCGAUCUCUCCACAGCAACCCAUAAAGAUGCAGUGACUCAGGGUUUAGUAUAUCUUUACACUGCAUUGAAGUCUGUUGGGAAAUUAUGGGACAUAAGCAACUCCCUGGAUGAAGAACAAGAGAGCCUGCAGAAUAUUGAGUUUGAUAAACUUGCUGGCAAACUCAUGGCCAAGCUUUCAUUCCUAAAUACAUCUGCAAAAGAGAUGUUUAGUGUUACUGAUGAAGAUGAGGACAAUGGAAAUAUGGAAGUUGCCGUGAAGUCCAGAACAAAUUAAGUGACAUCUAUUCAAGGAACAAUAUCUCUUCUCCAUAUCCAUAUGCCUCGCCUUCAAUCUCUCCCCUGUGCAACGCUGCUGCGAAUCUCGAAGAAAUUUCUGAUGUUUCUUCCUCUCAAACUCAUACUUUUCACCUCAGUAAUCAUCAAGAGAUUGGAAAUUUGGAAGAACUCAACGCGUUCCCAAGGAAACCAGAACAGGAUUCCAGUGUCGUCGGUGAAGCUCGCGAGAUGGCAACCCAGAUAACUGCAACUGACCAACUCGAAGAAGGACCCGAGAAACUGAGCUUUGGAGGGCUGAAAGAACAUUUGAACACUAAAAAUGAUGAUUCAGAAAGUCCAAAACAUGAAGCGAGUAAAGAGCCUGAUGCGACACGUCCAGCAGCUGUCCUCCCGCCUCCAGCACCACCUACUCCACCAAGACCUAGAGUGUCACUAUCAUCUUCACCACCGAUUCCACCUUCUAAUGGAUCAGAAACCAAUAAUUCCGCCGCCGCCUCCUCCUCCCAUGACAAUGACUAAGGGAGCGCCACCGCCACCUUCCCCUUCUCAGCUUAAUCUGGUGAAGAUCGUGCGUUUAAAGAGAGCAGCUUCAAAACUAAGGAGGUCAAGCCAAAUGGGCGCUUUGUACAGGCAUCUGAAAGGUAAAGUUGAAGGCUCUAGUUUAAAGCCUGGGAAUGGAACCUCCCCACAGAUAAAAAUCAAGCUCGGGGCAUCUCCUAAAGGGAAAGAAGGGAUGGCUGAAGCGCUAACGGAGAUAACGAAAAGAUCAUCAUACUUCAAAAAGAUUGAGGAAGAUGUAGCGAAGCAUGAAAAAUCAAUCUUGGAACUUAAAGCUGCGAUCGCUUCCUUCCAAACAAAGGAUAUGGAUGAGCUCGUCAAAUUUCACAAGCACGAGGAAAAGAAUCUGGAGAAAUUGACUGAUGAGACUCAGGUGUUAUCAAGGUUUGAGGGAUUUCCUAUGAAAAAGUUUGAAUCACUGAGGGCUGCAGCAGCAUUGUAUUUGAAGUUGAAUGGGAUCCUCACGGACCUACAGGAUUGGAAAAUAAUGCCUCCUGUGGAGCAGCUCCUCAGCAAGGUGGAAUCCUACUUCAACAAGAUAAAAGGCGCAUUGGACGCAAUGGAAGGAUCAAAAGAUGAAGAUGCUAAAAAAUUUCAAAGCAACAAUAUAAACUUUGAUUUUGGCAUCCUGGUAAAUAUCAAAGAGUCUUUGGUAGAUGCUUCUUCAAGUUGCAUGGAGUUGGCCUUCAAGGAAGUUAGACAGACAGCGGCUAGUGAUGCAGAUCAAUCCGGGGGUAAAAAUCAAAGUAAAAGAAAGACCAGCUUUAAAAUGCUUUGGAGGGCUUUUCAGCUUGCAUUUCGAGUUUAUAGCUUCGCAGGUGGACAAGAUGAUCGAGCUGACAGACUGAGCGUGGAAGUAGCACACGAAAUAGAGAUUGAUGCCCAUUAGAAGUGAGGCUAACUACCUUCCUCCCCGUCAUUAGUUCUAAUAAUUAUUAGCCAUGUACAAUCUAUAAAAUCUCAUGAGGCAUUUUAUUGAUCAUA